GUCUCCCCGCAGGUGUCGUGUGUUCCCCCUGCCUCUGGGGGCGCAGUGUUGGAGACCAGCCAGGAGGGGCCCUGGGCUGUGUGUCUGGACAGCAAGUACAGCCUGGCUCACAAGAUACACAGCAAACCCUGCAGGGUCUACUCUCUGGGACUGGGUGUAGCGGAGCGUAUUCUGGAGCAUUCCCUGGGGGGGGCAGGGUGUGAGGUGCACUGUUUCGACCCGAGCCUGAGACAGCCCCACCUCCAGCAGGGAAACAUGUGGCUCCACAAGCUGUCUGUGGACUGGCGUGACCCAAACCCAGCCAUCUCCGCCCAGAGGCACCACGGCAACACCAAGAAGUUAGCCACCAUCCUCAACAACUUUGGCCACAGACAGGUUGAUGUUCUCAAAGCAGACAUGGAGAGUGCUGAAUGGAAGAUUCUGGAGAAUCUGAUUCUGGAAGGGGUCCUCGACUCUGUGGGCCAACUCCUUCUGGAGCUCCACCUCCACUGGGCAGGGUUUGAGGUGGGUGGAGACGACCCCUCAGUGGUCCGUUACUGGUUCAGCCUGCUGAAGGAGCUGGAGCGCGCUCACUUCCGCCUCUUCCGCUCCUACAGAGACCCAACCAAACCCCUUCUCUUCCUGCACAAGAAUGUUCUGAACGCUAGCAGUGCCUACACGCUGGGUUGGGUGAACACACAGUGGAGGCACUAACUGGAACAGACAGGCCUUCGGGCCAAAGCAGAAGCUGAAUAAUGACGCAUGCUGGGAAAUGUAGUUUGGGUUUUGAUGGACGAUACAGAUUGUUCAUUCCUAAGGCUUACCUUGUGGAACAUGGCUUACCAACGUCUCAGGUUUCGGGCUUCUACAGUUGAGUCACAUGUGAACACUACACUCCUUUCAAGCUCUAUAUGAAAACACUGAUGAGUCGCCCCUCGUUGACCCCUCCCACGUGUCUGAAAUGAUCUCAACCAUGUUGAGGGGAAGAUGUAAUUGGACCAGAGAGGCUGAGCAUCAAAGCGGUUGCAUGUUGGCCAGGGUAAGGGGAGGGUGGGGUGUGGGCGUCGAGCCAGAGUCCCCCCUGUCAUCAAGUCCUUAUCUUGUGCUGGCCUGGAACCCAACAGUCCUGACCACCUCCUCCUUCACUGCCUUCCUACGGGAGACUCCACCGCAAAGGAAAUGCAGCAGGUUGAUCAUAUUGCCAAAGCCAAAAGCCGCAUUGGUCAGGGAGACAACGUUGCUGGCCAAUCACCUCUGAUGAAUGACCCAGGGGUGGGAGGGUCAGAGACAAGGACAGUCCCAGUUGUUGGGAUGGUCCCAACAAAGAACAUGUCAUGUUUAUUUUGUAUUAAAAUGUGUUUUGCAGAAAAAAGGUUUAAAAUAUGGAGGAUAUUUUAUUUAAAUGUUACAGAUGUCAGGAAAGAGUACAUUACCAAUUCUCUUUUCUACUUAAUAGUGCCGUUUGUGCAUGUUUGUAGACUGAACAGCAAUUAUAAUAAAAAACCUAUCUUGGCAAAAAGAAUUCUUGAUACUAAAUAUUUUAAUUGUAACAGAAUGUCAGCACAGCCAAACACAUUAGUUCUGUAAUGAGGAUUCCUGUUGUUCUCUGUCCUUUCUGAGUCAUUCCCUUCCCUCAGUCCCUCCCUUCCUUGCUUUCCUUUUUCCUCAAGCCCCUUAUUUAACUCUCCUAUGUGUGCUCUGCAGCUUUCAAACAGCUUUGUCACCACAUUUAUUACAAAAUGUGAUAUGAAGUCUCUAUUUUGAGAAUAGAUUAAACGUGAUAACUCUUAAUUACUUUUUCCCCCAAAUUAUUUUUUUGAAAUUAUGAAAGCUGUGCAAGACUUGGGGCUAAAAUGACUCAAGUCAGCUUACUUUCAGAAAGGGUUUAAGAGUUUUGAAAAGAAGAGAAUUAGCACUAUAAAAAUCCAAAUAAACUGGCUGGUAAAUCGGCUCUUCAAUGACAAGCAACUUCUGUUGUCAAUGGCUUGACAACAGAAGAUUAACAAAUUAAUUUACAGGCAAAAUGUACAAAAUGUUUAAUUUUCACAAAGGGACUUACUUUUUUUUUCAAAAAUAAAGAAAUAAUGAAAUAUUUAAUCCAGGAUAAAAAAUGUCUGUGAGGAAGGGGACAUUGAUUAAAACAAAACAGCAAGAUAAAAUCACAUCCUUACAAAUAUACUUUUGCUGUGUCUGUCUCAGUGUACAUAUACACCCUUCCCCCUCCUCUUGAGACAGGGUAAGAUAAACAUGACUACAACAGGACUGGAUACCAGCCCACGGCCAGCAAUUAUAGAAACACAGGACAGAACCCCCCCCCCCCCCCUCCCC